UGAGCUGUCAGGGCGGAAUUCAACAAACAGUGAUCACCAUCGCAUUUGGCUGAUAGUUGACCGUUCAUACACAAGCUCAGCCCACCAUUCGUUGAGUGCCAUUCGCUCACUUAACAAUUCAGAUUUCGGCCUCUAUCCUCCCUUCCCUUUCAUUCAAUCAGGUUAGAAUCGCAUUGCUCUUCAAGAGUUCUCAAUCGACAUCACCACGACCUUCAAUAUGUCUGCCAUCGGAAAGCUGGUCCCUCUGGCGAUUCUGUUUGCCGUUGUCGGUGUCUUCGUAUGGGUCGGAUAUCAGAUGUACGUAUUCGCCAAUGACCUCGCCGAUCGCGGAACCAAGAAGAUGGAGAAGAAGAAUAUCACCUUCACCAAAGACGGCAUGAAAGUGGGUGUGAAGGAAGUUCGAACGGAAGACUACGAGGAUCGGACACAAAGCGUCUUCGUCAAGACAUGGAAUUACGCGAAUGACGGUAAAGAUGCGAAGAAGUCCGGAUCGAAACCUUCCGCGUCACGGACGAACUCCGGACUGAAGAACAAAUCGGGAUGAUCUCUUGGGGAUGGUCUCUUCGGGAUCGGUAUUGGGGGGCGAGAUGGGAGACAUGAACGAUACCAGGAGGAUUUCCUAAGCGUGGGCACCUGGCUUGAUGACAUUGAAGACGGCAUGUUCAGCGGUGCUUUAAACUGAGUUCGACAUCAAUGGGAAAUCCUAUGUCAGCAGUGCAUUCAACGGGAACAAUCUGGCGCAGCAAACCUAGGUCUUGAAGACCAUUUAGAGUUCAUCACUACGGUUCCGGGACGGCGUGUACCUGUAUUUCGGGAUGGAAGUCAUCUGUAAACUUGGUUCCAAUGCCAAUGAUGGCAUUACG